UAACACCAGCACCACCCAACAACAUAAGACAAAAGACAUCAACCAUGGAAAAUUGGCAAUUUCCUACAAGGCUGGAAGCUAAUUGGCUUAGUACCCAAUUGAAAGAUAUGGUAUCUUAAUAUUCGAACUCGACUUAUCUAACUUUUUAUUUCAUUCUCUGGUCUCGGAUGAGAAGAAAGUGAAAUCAAAUCAAGUCAAGGUUCUAGAUUGUUUGGAUUCUGACAGCCGAUGCAGAUGGUUGGUCAUCUGUUUCUUUGGUCAUCUUGGAUGGGUUGCCUUUUCGAGCUCUCCUCUAACUGACUGUAGUCUGGGGCUACCACUCAUUUCAACUGUCUGGAUACCUUAUAUAGCUUCAUCUUUUCAACAGAAAAAUGGCGUCGGCUGUGCUACCUUCGCCCUCAGCUUCAUCAAAGAAGGCGGGGAGGCCGAAGAAGAACAAUAUUCUAACGCAUAUGGAAUGUUAUGAAGAAGAAUUGAGUCCUGCUCAACUAUCCGCUUAUUCAACCAGAGAAAAAGAGUAUCGUAAUUUUUUGUCACUUUUUGAAAAUGAAAAGAAACAUGCUGUGCUUUUGGAGAAAAACGACUCUGCUAUGAUAUGGGAUUUGAGCAGUAACAUGCCUAGGAAAGCGGUUAUGACCGGUGCAGGUGUGUUGAAGACAGUGCAACCGGUAGGGCGGCCUGCCAAUUCCUACCAGCUGAUGAUGAAGCCUCAUGUCGGCCUGGUGGUCAGUCCUGUCAACAAGCCACCACAAACACCAAUGCCAGGGCCAGUGCCAGUGCACCUCACCUCUCAACUUGCCAAGACUCCUCCAAUACAACAACGCAAGUUGCCCAUUGUUGUACGUGCAACUACACCCAUAGCAAAUGUGACGGUCAACAGGCAAAUGGCGAAUAGGCCCAACACCAUCAGAGCCCCGGCGCCGAUGUCAGCCACCACAGUACGGGUCAAUCAGCCAAUCAAGCCGGCAACAAUCAAACCAACAGCACCCAAACCAGCACCACCCAAACCAGUAGCACCCAAACCGGCACCUGCUUCUUCUGCUGGCCAAGUUGACAAAUUCUCAAACAAGACCCCUAUUGCUCCUGAUUCAAGAGAAGUCCAGUUCAGUAAGCUAAUUGGAAAAACAUAUCCAUCUCUAGUAGUGGUAGCAAGACCGCAGAUGAAACAAAAAGAACUGACACCCCAAAUCAUCCAACAGGAAAACACAAGUCUAGAUGCUAAAGUAAAAUCUGUUUUGAUGUACACUCCAUCAAAAUUCACAGAAUGGCUGAUUCAACAAGGACUUGUACGUAGUGAACAGUUUUGUAAUGAACAUGUUAAUCCCGAUUUUACUCCAGUCAAACUGAAACUAGGCAUGUACUCAGAUGCGACAAAAUUCCCAUUCAGUGGUGGCUAUGUCUGGAUCAGUGACUGCUGUCCAGAGCGGAAUGUUUCUGUUUUUAAAUCAUCCAUUUUUGAAUCUUCUUCUCACCCGCCAAACAUUCUACUUAAACUUAUGUAUCAUUGGUCAUGCCAAACAGUCGUACAGAACAUUCUCUCAUGGGUCAAAGUUGAUAGCCUCUUCGUUAAGAACUUUUUCACAAAUUUGAGAGCUGUGUGCACUGCAGCUGUUCAUGAGAAAUGUCAAAUGCUCGGUGGCCCCAAAAAGGUAGUUGAAGUUGGUAUCAUAAGUCUAGGAACAACUACAACUGAUGGAGCCUCAAGACAAGUCAAGGUUGAAGUUCUUGGUGUACUUGAGCAAGGCAGCAAAUCUUUACGAUUGAUAGCCGUCGAGCCUCUCCCAGAUAGUGAAAAGGAUUACAAAACAAGAUUUACGAAAAUUCUUCAGCCUCUGCCGUUGUUUGUUGACAAAGAAAGCAUAGUUGUAACUGAUUACACUGUAGAUAAAUUAGCAUUGCAUAGUAUGGGAUUUAAGAGCGUUGUACAAAACUCUUCCAAUGAGACCAACCCUGCAAACUUAUCCAACGCAUAUAUAAUGACGUAUUUGAGAAGAGUUGUGCCUCGAAUGUACCAGAACACAUUGUCGCUACUUUCAAGGCCAAUAAUGCAGCAAUUUCUCGAUGAACUGGUUUGGCGAGAGAGAUGGGGCUAUUUGCCUAACAAAGCUUUUGCCAAUAUUAUAGUACACUUAUCUGAGCAAACAAGGCUUGAUUCAGGUCACAACAUUCUCACUGCACUUCAGAAUAUCUCUGCAUAUCCUUUUAAGAAUUGGUCGUAUUCCAUGUGGAAAAUCAAUUGUACCACUGAUGGCUCUAUUGAUGAAAAGCCCAAGCUUCUACAAUCUGUUGUUCAAGAAUCGGCAGGUAAACGCCCUAUUCGUAAAAGAACAGCAGCAGAAGCUGACCUGUCAACGCCAGCCAUCAAGAUCCCUCCUCAGCCAUCUUCAAACGCUUCAGAAAUGGUUAAUCUUGAAUCAUACUAUUGUGGAACGAUACCAGGUGAUGGAGAUCUCAUCAAACAGGAGAAGAAAGGUCCAUUAAAUAUGAAAUGUUGUGCUUGUCGUUUGGUAUUUGAAACAAACAUUGAACUGAUGACUCAUCUCAUUGGACAUGCCAUGAGUGAAGAAAAAUAUGUAUCCAAUCAGCCGCAAUGUCGCUACUGUCUCAAGUAUUUCAAUUCAGAACUUCUGCUUCAAAGUCAUCUCGACGAAGCGUAUGCAAAAACUGGAACUACUUUGAUGUGCACAAUUUGUGAAGAGAAGUUCAGAGAUAGAACUACAUUGAUACUGCACAUGCACAGAAACCACUAUCACCUGGAACUGCCCUACGAGUGUGGCAUCUGCGGCUUCCGCUCAUCGCAGCACACCGCGGCUGUUGACCACUUCUAUCAGGUGCAUUCCAACAGCGAGAAGGUCCAGUGUCCCUACUGUUUGAAAAUUGUCGCUUUCGCCAACAACGGUCGCAAAAUCUCUCAAAACUUGUACUUUUUCCUCAAUCAUAUUCAAAAGCAUAAAAGAAAGACUUUGGCGAGGAAGUGUAAUAAGUGUGCCCUGUGGUUUGUGCAUAAGGGUGUGUUGCGUGAACACCAGCAAAAAGACCACCUUUCAUUCAAAGACUCACCAGAUAUACAGCCCUUCAAAUCGGAUGCGUUGGAUGCUAUUAUGAUGCCAAGGCCUGUCUCGGAUAGUCCUAUUCUAGUCAAGUCACAGCUGCAGAAAACAAAAGAAACGCUCUACGAUAACAAUUGUUCGGUGAACAAGUUCACAAACAUUGAGAUAACGGGAGCUCUAGAUGGCUCAAAGUGUUGCGAGUGUGAAGGAGACUUUCUGGCCGACAGCCACUUUGACGGAUACUACUCGUGCAUGAGAUGCCCGUACCGCACCUGUUGCAGCAAGGCCAUGAUGGAGCACACGACCACCUUCCAUAGUCAUGUGUCGGCUAGGGAGCGCGGCAAUCUGGGCGUCCAGGUGAUUCUGGACAAGGAGCUGCACUGUGUGUGUGGCUACAAGAGCAGCAACGGCAACCAGCUGGCCAAGCACCUGGUCGACUGUGGUCGCAAGUCGGCCUAUCCGUCGACCACGCUCCAGUCGCAGUCGGCCAGCUUUCCGCCGCUCGUCAACCUCGACGACCACGACCAUGAGGGAGAUGCCAACGACAAGUGGCUGCAGGCCUUCGUCAGCCGCAAGGAUUCGUCGGAACCCGCUAGAAACAAUGAUAGGAUUGAUGACAACCGUCCGCGCAGUAUGCUCGAUGUUCUGGGGCUGGUGCGCAAACCGUCCACUGAGGAGACCUCGUCUGAAAAAAGUGCCUCCAGCUAAUCUAUCAAUCUUUCGCAUCUACAAGUGAUUUUCUCGUGUUGAAUCGACAUACUAUGAACUGAAAAUGUCAUUUAAACUAUUCUAAUUGAUAAAUUCUCUUUUAAAAAGAAUAGAAGUGAAAUCCUAAUUUAAUAUUACAAAAAAUACUUGACUUCGUCGAAAUAGAAUUUUUAAAUUUUCAACACCUAUUGUUGGUAUUUUUACAGGGCUACUUAAUUUGUUAGAUGUAAAAUAAUACCAUAGUACCCUUUUAAAAACUUGAUAGAAUGUGUUUUGCUGAUUGGAGGCUCUGGCGUUGAUGCAAACCAAAUUCAAAAUUACUUUUUACUGGCUUUCCAUAUCAGGCCUACAUCAUGGCGGUUGGAAGGUAUUUACAGUGUCGUCUCCGAAAGGACUCUCCACCAAUACAAGCCAUACGAACAGUAUUAUAUUAUAAGUUCAUGGUUCAUGCACUCAAAUGUCAGUAUGGAUUAUCUAUCAUUCUAAACACUUAACAAAAAUCUUUCUUUGAUAUUAUUACUUUUAAAACAACACAUCUAUUAAUCUCUUAUUCUCAACUUUGAGUGUAUGUUUGACUUUUUUUCCAACUUGAAUCAUCUUCAAUGUAAAAUUUAUGAAGAAGAUAUUAUAAUGAUGGAAAUUUCGUUACAUAAUCUUUUAAAAUAAUAACUGUCAUAAAGUGCAAAUAGAUUAGUUUUAUAAGAUUAAUAGUAAAAAAUGUCUAAUAUUUUCAAUCCGUUACAAACUGAGAUGUAUUUUUUAGUAUUAAUUGUAUUGACAACUUGAAAAGUUUAAUCAUUGAAAAAAAUAUUUUGCUCACUGACGACUAAAGUAGGCCUAUGCUCUUAACGCUGGUCGGUGCACUUUUUUAUUUCAAAUAAGAUAAUCUUUUUCAAUAUAAUUGCUAAGAUCACUAUAAGAGUGAGAAAAAGCGGCAACUGAUAUUUUUAAGCGGUCUAAUAAGCGAGUUAUGGGGUGUUGAAAUGCUAACUUUCCAGUUUCCGUUUUCUUUUCAGAUCAUAAACAGUUUUGAUUAUAUUAUUAGAACAUCUCUUAAAAAUUCAAAAAAUUUAUCUUUCCAAACUAAAACAUUUUAUUCCCCAUAUCGUUCAUAAAUAAAAAAGUAACAUUUUUUGUAAAUUCGAUACUUGUUUAUUGUGGCAUAAAUCGCGAAAAACGCAUAUUAUUAGAGCAAAGCCAAUUUAUUAAAAAACUCCAAUGGAAAAUUCGAAACCGUUAACCGUUUAUGAUCUGGAAAGAAAACGGAGUUAGCACUUUCAACAACCCAUAACUCGCUUAUUAGACCACUUGAAAAUUUCAGUUGCCACUUUUUCUCACUCUUAUAAUGAUAUUAACAAUUAUAUUGAAAAAGAUUAUCCAAUUUAAAUAAAAAAAGUGUACCGAACAGCCUCAAAUCGCUCGGGAUUCAUUAUCUACAAUAUUUUUUGUUCCAUUGACUAUGUUGACUAGAGCAUGCAGUCCGUGAGUAAAGGUUUUAUAUUUUAAAAAAUAUGUAGACAAAUAAGUUGUGGAUAUAGUAUAAAAUAUUUUCAAAUUUCACAUAGAGUAUAACCAUUUCAAAUUUGUGAGAAUGUUGAUCCAUUUGUGACUUAUGAUAGCUUUUAUUGAAAUAUGAAAUUUGGAAAUUUGUAUCUUCUUAGAUACAAAUUUUAUUUGAUCUGCUUCUAAAAUACUGUGGUGUUACUGCAUGGAGUAAAUUUUAUGCGAGACACUGUAUAAAACUUGAUUCUUGCAAACGACAUGAAAUAGAAUCAGUUACCUUUGAGUAAUAUAUAAUAUAUUUUAUAUAUUAUUAUUAUUAUAAUAUCGGGGGACCGAGCUUUGCUCUGGAGUGUAAAAGCAUAGAAAAUUUGUAACGAAAGAUUGAAUUUAUAGUUUAUAUUUUAUUUAUUCAUUUACUUAGUCGUACAAUUAUUUAUAGUUUUAUGAGGAGGCACAACAAGCUUAUGCCCAAAACUGUCCUUUUUCAAAUUUAUACUACAGUCCAAAUCAAAAUCUAGGUUAAGCUACUAUCACUCAUCAAAAUAACAAUUUAUUCACACCUAAAAAAACUAACACAUUAUCAAUUACAAAUAGAAAUACUAUGAAUUCGAUUUAGAAUGAUAUGUGUUUGCUACAAUAUUUGUUAAUAUACUAAAUGCUUUAGUUACUAAUGCAUCUAAUUACUAUUUUGGACUUUCUGAAGUAAACAUGUUGUCUAAAAAAAGAGAAAUAAACAAAAAUAAGUUACU